AUGUCUCUCGAAGAAUCCUGGAUCGACGUGGACCAAAAGGUCACCGUCAAGCCUCCUGCCCGCUACUCGGCCCGAAUGCCCAAUGUGGAGGCCUUGGAAACAGAGUCCUCAGCCCUCUUCUACCACGCCCCAAGUGUCUACAUCAUCGAAAGCGAUGCAGAAGAGGAUGACGAGUACAACUGCGACUCCCGUGAUGAAACCACAGACGACAGAACCCUGCUCUUUUCCCGGGACUCUAGAAACUCCCCUUCCUCCAGAGACUCUACCACCACAACCACAUCCAUAGCUGCUCUACAGGACUCGUUGUCGACCAUCGUAUCCCGCGACAUGAAACAGGCUCGUGCAUGUGGCUCUUCACGUUCAAAGCCACCUUCUUCUGUUUGUCUGGACUCGCUGAGGAUCGUACCUGAGUCCCAGCUACCCAAAAUGCGAGCUCGAGGUUCCGGAACUGUGGCACCCGCCAUGUCUAGCACAGACUCGGAUAGCGACACAAAGAUGGCAGUGAAAAAAAGGCGUGUCAAGCGAGUUAGAACGGGUGUCUCUUCUCCUUCCAUGGAGGUUUCAGGUGCUGGAAGUCCUGGCGGCACGGGUGGCUUUUCCCCCGCUGCCUUGGCAGCCGGCAUCACCAUCAUUGGUUUGUCGUUCUCAGCCGGCUAUGCCAUUGGCCGACAGUCACUGCGUACGGCUUCCGUAAACUGA